CUAUCACCGCUAGAAGAGGCUGGUGGACGACGGUGGCUCUGGCGACACGUCGACCUAACGCUCUGCGCGAUGCGACUUAGUGAUGUGGCACCUCCUUGGCCGGUACAUGGUAUCCCGGUUCCAUUCCCCGCGGAUGGGCGGCUACCUGUUCUCUGGCUCCAGGGCCCCCCAACCCCGUUGUCCGCUGUCCUGAUGACAGCCCUGGGCCAAAAGCCCCAACGUGAAGCGCCUCUGCCUACAUGUGGCCGACCUGAGCAUGGUGCCCAUCACCAGCCUGCCCAGUGCCCUGAGGACCUGGAGCUGCACAGCUGCGAGAUCUCCAUCGCCUGGCUCCUCAGGCAGCCAGAACCCACAGUGCUGCCCCUGCUCUAAUGCACCAUGCUGGACUGCUUUCCUGCCUUCCUGCCUUCUGCCAGGAGCACCUGCAGGGCCUGUCACACUUCCACGCCCUGCGCUCUCUGGUGGGCACCUACCCCGUGACAGAGCCGUGGGAUCUGAUGCUAUCUCCAGGUAGAUGGUGUCACAACUUAAUUGCAGGACACCCAGCUGGUGUCCACUGGUUGGUGUGUAGGGAAAACUCCCACACAUUUGGUCACAGAAGCCUUCUUCUGUGUUGCUGCUGUGCUGGUGUGAGAGCAGAGGAAAAACGCGGUUUGAGUUUUCCCCUACACAGCAGCAAAUAACGAAAUAGAGACAUUGAUAAAUAUUAUUUUCUGAGGUACUUUUGAAAUCUGAAAAGUCUUAAAUCUUUAAAUUUAUUUUAAGAUGUCUCUUGCAUAUCACUCAGUUAAAUUCUUUUUAAGUUUAGGAUAACUUAGAACGUUCUUUUGAUAGGAUAGAUGCUAAAAUUAAUGCUAGACAUAUUCUGAAUUUUUCUGACUAGAAUCAUAAUUUAAAUUGAUUUGUCUUGUGUUAGUUAUUACAAUUAAAUCUAGUACAGUUGGUUCUUUUUUUUUUAUGGGCCUACUAGGCAGAGAUUUUGCAGAAACAUAUAUUCUUAAGAACUAUCUGUGUUUUAUUUUUAAGUUCUGGAGUACAUGUGCAGGAUGUGCAGGUUUGUUACAUAGGUAAACAUGU